AUGGCAACACAUAAUGAUAAAACAUUAUCAUUGGAAACAAGACUUACUCUUAAUGAUAAUAAUUUGAUGCCACAAUUUGGUCUUGGCACAUGGCGAAGUGAACCAGGCAAAGUUCAAAGUAUUGUUAAAGAAGCUAUUUUAAAUCGUGGUUAUCGUUUAAUUGAUGGUGCAUGGAUUUAUCAAAAUGAAAAUGAAGUUGGUAAUGGUAUACAUGAAGCACUUGAACAAAGUCAAGGAAAAAUUAAACGUGAAGAUUUAUUUAUAACAACAAAAUUAUGGAAUCAACAUCAUGUACCAGAAGAUGUUGAAUGGGCUUUACGUGAUAGUUUAGAAAAACUUCGUUUAGAUUAUGUUGAUCUCUAUCUUAUUCAUUGGCCAGUUGCUUUUAAAAAAAUAAGUGAAAAUUUUUGGUCACAAAAAGAAGGUGAAAAAACACGACUCUAUGCUGAAAAUGUUACACUUGCUGAUACAUGGAAAGCAAUGGAAAAAUUAGUUGAUUUAAAAUUAACACGUUCAAUUGGUGUAUCAAAUUUUAAUCAAUCACAAAUAGAUGAAAUUCUUAAAAUAGCUCGUAUAAAACCAUCUGUCAAUCAAAUUGAACUUCAUCCAUAUUUUAAUCAACAUGAUAUGCGUGAAUAUUGUGCUAAAAAUAAUAUUAUUAUUACUAGUUAUUCUCCAUUAUCAAAUUUAAAACGAGAAAAUGAGAGUGAUGAUGCAUCAGCAUUAUUUAAUCCAGUUAUUCAAGAAAUAGCUAAAUCAAAAAAUAAAUCAACAGCACAAAUUAUUAUUCGUUGGCAUCUUCAAAAUGGUCUUGUUGUUAUACCAAAAACAGUAACACCAGAAAGAUUAACUGAAAAUGCUCAUGUAUAUGAUUUUGCAUUAUCGGCUAAUGAAAUGCAUCAAAUUGAUAAAUUAGGUGAAACACAUCGAAGACGUUUUGUUAAUCCACCAUUUAAUCCACCUGGUGAUAAGAAUAUAUUUGAUGAGUGA